AGAGUGAAUGCAUCGCAUGGAAGCAGUAGAACCCUGUGCCAGUGCUGCACAGACUUUACUUUCAAGCUCACAAGCCGGGUUUGCACGCUUGCUGAAACUAAGCAGUCUGCUAUUCACUCAAUGCCUCGCUGAGGAUAAUUAAAACUUCAUACCUGGCAUUGCAUUGAUAUCAAGCUGUACAGCCACUUAUGACCACCAGAGGGCAUUACACGCGUGAACAGAAACUACUAUAAAAUUGCAGCUCGCUAGAGAUCAAUUUUCAGCAGUGCCUUGAUUCUCAUGCAUAUCUAUCUACUUCGUCUGCUGGUUUUGAAUCCCAUUGAUUUUUUUUAAUCCUUACCUGCUUAUCUUUGGGAAAGAAGAAAUCAUUUUCAAUCUGAUUGCUUUGGUUACUUUUGUUUUUUACCUGUGGACUGCUGAAUAUUUGAUAUUUAGAUUUUUUAUAGUCUUUACAAAGUUGGAAAACUCUGGGGGAAAAAAGAGCAUUUCAUUAUGUGCUGGAAGCAAGGAUGAGAUUGGUGUUAGCCCCUCAGUGUUCUUGCUUUGGUUUGUGUUAAAUACCAUCACUGUAUAGUGUGUUACUACAGAAGGGGCACUUGCAGGAGUGAUCUUGCGAUCUAAUCAUGCGUCCAGGUCCGGGAGGUGGAUAUUAUGUGUCGGUGGUCUUGUUCCUGGGUGUCUGGAGUUUGCUAACUUUUCCCCCUGUGGAUGGCUGUCCAAGCAAAUGUACCUGCUCUGGGUCUAAUGUGGAUUGUCAUGGGCUUGGGCUAAAGACGGUGCCAAAAGGGAUCCCUAGGAAUGCAGAAAGGCUAGACCUGGACAAAAAUAAUAUUACAAGAAUCACAAAAACAGACUUUGCUGGACUGAAAAACCUUCGAGUGUUGCAUUUAGAAGACAAUCAAAUCAGCAUCAUAGAACGAGGAGCAUUUCAAGAUUUGAAGCAACUCGAGCGCAUGCGCCUGAACAAGAAUAAAUUGCAAGUUCUUCCUGAAUUGCUCUUCCAGAAUAACGCAAAAUUAACCAGACUAGACCUCAGUGAAAACCAGAUACAAGGACUACCUAGGAAGGCUUUUCGAGGAAUAACUGAUGUAAAGAAUUUGCAACUGGACAACAACCAAAUCAGCUGCAUUGAAGAUGGAGUCUUCCGAGCCCUCCGUGACUUGGAAAUUCUUACACUCAAUAACAAUAACAUCACACGAAUCCCACUUACCAGUUUCAAUCAUAUGCCCAAGAUCCGAACACUACGUCUCCACUCCAAUUAUUUAUACUGUGACUGUCACCUUACCUGGUUAUCAGACUGGCUGCGGCAGAGAAAAACCAUUGGCCAGUUCACGUUCUGUAUGUCACCUGUGCACCUGAGAGGUUUCAAUGUUGCAGAUGUUCAGAAAAAGGAUUUUAUUUGUCCUGGAUCCCAAAAUGAGCCUCCAUCAUGCAAUGCCAAUGCAGUCAGCUGCCCAUCUGCCUGUGCCUGCAGCAACAACGUGGUGGACUGCCGAGGGAAGGGACUGGCAGAAAUCCCAGCCAAUUUACCAGAAGGCAUUAUAGAGAUACGCCUGGAACAGAAUUCUAUCAAGAGUAUUCCUGCUGGCGCUUUUACUCCUUACAAAAAACUCAAGAGAAUAGAUAUCAGCAAGAAUCAGAUAUCGGAAAUAGCAUCAGAUGCGUUCAGUGGAUUAAAAUCUCUCACUUCAUUAGUGUUAUAUGGAAAUAAGAUCACCGAGAUUCCCAAAGGUCUUUUUGAUGGGCUGGUCUCCUUGCAGUUGCUACUUCUCAAUGCUAACAAAAUCAAUUGCUUGAGAGUGAAUACAUUUCAAGAUCUUCAAAAUCUAAACUUGCUCUCGCUGUAUGACAACAAACUGCAGACCAUCAGCAAGGGUCUAUUUGCUCCUCUUCAAUCGAUCCAAACUCUACAUUUAGCUCAGAACCCAUUUGUGUGUGAUUGCCAUUUGAAGUGGCUUGCUGAUUACUUGCAAGAUAAUCCGAUAGAAACCAGCGGCGCCCGAUGCACAAGUCCGCGCCGCCUCGCCAACAAACGAAUCAGCCAGAUCAAGAGCAAAAAGUUCCGUUGUACAGGCUCUGAAGAUUACAGGAGUAAAUUCAGUGGAGAUUGCUUUAUGGAUCUUAUUUGCCCUGAAAAGUGUCGCUGCGAAGGAACGAUUGUUGACUGUUCCAAUCAAAAACUCACACGAAUUCCCAGUUAUCUACCAGAAUACACCACUGAUCUACGCUUGAAUGACAAUGAAAUCAACAUUUUAGAAGCUACAGGGAUAUUUAAAAAGUUGCCAAACCUGCGAAAAAUAAAUCUUAGUAACAAUAAGAUCAAGGAUAUCAAAGAGGGUGCGUUUGAUGGAGCUGCAGGGGUGCAAGAAGUGAUGCUGACAGGGAAUCAGCUGGAGUCUGCACAUGGAAGAAUGUUUAGAGGCCUCGUAGGCCUAAAGACACUGAUGCUGCGGAGUAAUUUAAUGACUUGCAUUAAUAAUGAUACAUUCACUGGACUUAGCUCAGUCCGGUUGCUAUCACUGUAUGAUAACCGUAUCACAACCAUCACCCCUGGUGCCUUCAACACAUUAGUUUCUUUAUCCACCAUUAACUUGCUGUCUAACCCAUUUAACUGCAAUUGCCAUCUUGCCUGGCUUGGAAAGUGGCUAAGAAAAAAGAGGGUUGUAAGUGGAAACCCAAGGUGUCAAAAACCUUAUUUCUUAAAGGAGAUUCCAAUUCAAGAUGUGGCUAUACAGGAUUUUACUUGUGAUGGCAAUGAAGAAAGUAGCUGUCUUCCAGCACUGCGCUGUCCUGAGCAGUGUACUUGUGUGGAUACUGUGGUCCGCUGUGGUGACAAAGGCUUGAGAAUUCUACCUAAAAACAUCCCAAAAGAUGUAACGGAGCUGUAUUUGGAAGGCAACCACUUAACAUCUGUGCCAAAAGAGCUCUCCAGUUUCAAACAGCUGACGUUGAUUGAUUUGAGCAACAACAGCAUCAGUGUAUUAUCUAAUUACACCUUUAGCAACAUGACCCAGUUGUCCACACUGAUAUUAAGCUACAACCGUCUAAGGUGCAUCCCAGUACAUGCGUUUAAUGGGCUGAAGUCUCUCCGUGUGCUUACCCUUCAUGGCAAUGAUAUCUCAUCAGUUCCAGAGGGAUCCUUUAAUGACCUGGCCUCUCUGUCACAUCUUGCGCUGGGUACCAACCCUUUAUACUGUGACUGCAACCUACGUUGGUUAUCUGAAUGGGUUAAAGCCGGGUACAAAGAACCAGGUAUAGCUCGUUGUAGUGGACCAGAGGAUAUGACCGAUAGGCUCUUGCUAACAACUCCAACACAGAGAUUCCAGUGCAAAGGUCCAGUUGAUAUCAACAUUGUGGCAAAAUGCAAUCCAUGUUUUUCUUCCCCAUGUAAGAAUAAUGGGACAUGCAACAGUGAUCCUCUGGAAUUCUAUCGGUGCACUUGCCCCUAUGGAUUCAAGGGUCGAGACUGUGAUAUUCCCAUCAAUGCCUGCAUUCAGAACCCCUGCCAGAACGGAGGAACCUGUCAUACCAAUGAAGCAAAUAAAGAUGGAUUCAGUUGCUCAUGUCCUUUGGGAUUUGAAGGAGAAAAAUGUGAGAUAAAUCCAGACGACUGCGAAGAUAAUGACUGUGAAAACAAUGCCACGUGUUUGGAUGGUAUAAAUAACUACGUCUGUCUCUGCCCACCUAACUAUACAGGGGAACUAUGCGAUGAAGUAAUUGACCACUGUGUUCCAGAACUUAAUCCAUGUCAGCAUGAUUCCAAAUGCAGUUCCAUUGAUAGGACAUACUCAUGUGAAUGCUCCCCUGGAUUUAUAGGGCAGCACUGUGACAUUAAUGAAGAUGAUUGUGCAAAUCAUAAAUGCCAAAAUGGAGCAGAAUGCAUGGAUGAUAUUGGAGGAUAUACCUGCAUUUGUCUCCAAGGCUUCAGUGGCCUUUUUUGCGAAAAACCACCAAUGGUUCUACUUCAGACAAGUCCCUGUGACAAUUACGAAUGCCAGAAUGGAGCCCAGUGCAUUGUGGUACAACAGGAACCUGUAUGUCGCUGUUUAGCUGGUUUUGCGGGUCAAAGGUGUGAGAAGCUCAUCACAGUAAACUUUGUUGGCAAAGACUCUUACGUUGAACUGUCUGGUUCCAAAGUUCGUCCACAAGCAAACAUCUCUCUUCAAGUGGCCACCGAUAAAGAUAAUGGCAUUUUGUUAUACAAAGGAGACAAUGAUCCGUUAGCACUGGAGCUGUAUCAAGGACAUGUGCGGCUAAUGUAUGACACACUGAGUUCCCCACCCACUACUGUCUAUAGUGUGGAAACCAUCAACGAUGGCCUGUUUCAUAUUGUUGAGCUAGUGAUGUUGAAUCAAACCUUGAAUUUGGUUGUUGAUAAGGGGGCACCGAAAAGUCUUGGAAAACUUCAAAAGCAGCCUUCCUUGAACCUGAACACACCUUUCUACCUUGGAGGCAUCCCACCAACAUCAGGAGUGUCCUCUUUACGACAGAGGGCUGACCGUAGUCCCAAUGGUUUUAAUGGAUGUAUCCAUGAUGUUCGUAUUAACAAUGAACUACAAGACUUUCGGGAUCUGCCUCCCAUAUCUGGAGGAGUAUUUCCUGGGUGCAAAUCUUGUAACAUGUGCAAGCAUGGCUCUUGUCGCGCAACAGAAAAAGCAAGUGCUAUCUGCGAAUGUAACCCAGGGUGGACAGGUCCACUUUGUGAUCAGGAAGUUACAGAUGUCUGUUUGAAUCAUAAGUGCCUACAUGGAAAAUGUGUUGCUACAAAUAACGCUUACACAUGCAAAUGUAACGAAGGCUACGCAGGGAUGUACUGUGAUAAGAAAAAUGAGUCCUCCAUCCUUUGUAGAAAUGUGAACUGCAACCAUGGGCAGUGCAAGUUGACAGAGAGGGAUGAUCCAUACUGUGAAUGUGAUUCUCACUAUACUGGAGAACACUGUGACAAAGAAAAGCUUUGCCAGGGUCAGAUUAUCCGAGAGAUUGUCCGCAAACAGCAAGGCUUUACUUCUUGCAGUACCACGUCCAAGGUGCCAAGAAUGGAGUGCAGCGGUAGCUGUGGUAAUGGCCAAUGUUGUGUUCCACUGAAAAGCAAACGACGGAAAUACUUUUUUCAGUGCAUGGAUGGAUCCUCUUUUGUGGAAGAACUGGAGAGAUAUAGUGAAUGUGGUUGCACACAGUGCUUAUAAAUCUACUAUCACCCAUUGGAGGGCAAAACGCAAUAUAACAUUGCUGCAAUCAAUAAAGAACUGUGUAUUUCAGAGUGAAUUUCAAGAAGAUAAGAAUAUUAACUAUAUUGUAAAAUAAACAAAAAAUAGAACUUAUUUUUAUUAUUGAAAAUGACUAUUUUCAUUCUUUAUUAUAAAAAAUAUCACACCACUUGGGUAUAUGUAUCAUAUAGUGAGUUAUUUUUACUGUUAAUUUUUUAAAUACUACCAAAAAAGGUAAUAAAGACGUCAUAGCCUAACAAAAAAAUAACAAUUAGUUUAUAAAAUUGAUUUUAUUGAUGUGCCUCAAUCAGAACGUAUCAGUCAUAUUACAAAACUUACAUUUUUAUGGCACUAAACAUUUUUUUCUAAAUAUUUUCAUAACUGUGAAAUUGUUAGUUUUAAAAAAGAAAUUUGUACCCAAGAUUUGCCAACUUUUACAUGUUUGUACCGUAAAACAUAAUUAUUUAUGCUAAUUUGUACUGUUAUUAAGAGUAUUUUGAUGGAUAUUGAAGUUCAUAGAUAUUACAAUAAAAAUUGCAGUGUUUCCUAAAUCUUUUCUGUGCAAAUAAAAAUGACUAAGUACAAUUCAUGCUGCUAAGACUAAAGCAGUUUUAAAUAGUAUUUAGAUAGGUAUGGUAACUAAUUAUUUUUAUGUAUAUUUGUUAUAUUUUAAACUCAGAAAACAACGACAUUGCCAAAAUAAAGUCACAAAUGUAGCUUAUAUUUAUAUAAACAUAGGCUAUAACAUUUUACUUUACAGCACAGAAAGUUCAUUUUAUAGUAAUUAAUUAUUUUUUGAUAAACAUUUUUGGAUAUAGCUUGUUUAUUUGCCCUCACACUUUAUAAUGGUUUUUGUGACUUUUUCUACAUGCUACAACUCAAAUGACCAAAUUCUGAUUAAAUAAUUGUUUUGAAAACGUAUAAAUGGCCCAAUCACGUUUUUAAAUGUUUUAGAAAGCAUAAAUUUAUAGUUUGAUGACGCAUAUUUUUAUAAAGAUAAUUCCCCAUUUUACUGGGGGAUUUUACGGGGGGGGGGGUUAAUGUUAAAAUAUGGAAUUACCUUAUGGUUCCAUUAAAAAGUGGCCCUUUUCCACUUCAAUAUUAUUCAGACUUUCAUAAUGUAUAAAAUUCACAUUGUGGUACUGAACUAGAAAAAAACUUGUACUCAAAAUAUUUUUGUCAACCAUAUAAAAAAAGCUGAAUUUAAAAAUAUUGAUUUUUAUUUUUGUUUGAAUUUUUUGGAGUAAAAAUGAUUUAAGUUUAAACUAAUACAACAGGCUAAGGCCUAGUUUCCACUGAGGUGGUAAAGUGUGGAAAAUGGAAGGUAACAUAAAAAAUCUCCAUAGACUUAAGGCUCAUUUCCAUUGAGGUGGUAACGUUGGGAAACUAGUGAUAAAAACAUUUAACUCCAUUAAGUCUAUGAAGAAUUUUUAUGUUUCCACAUAUUUCCAAACUUUACCAACUCAAUGGAAACUUUUCCUUAGUUGUACAUUUCUUACUGAGAGGACCAUAUUAUUAUGAGCAUUAAUAGGAAGUACCCAACCAGUACUAGUUUCUAUUUAAAUAUAGACAGCUUUUACAUCACAUUUUUCAUGCCAAAAACAUUAAUAAAUGUUAUUGUUUCACAUGGAUAAAAGAAAAAUGUUGAGAACAGUGUCUCUUUAAAACUGGAAUGACCUUUCUAGAGUUUGUGUUCUCUCUAUUUAUAUGUUAUUCUACACAGUUUAUUCAUUAAGGGUGAAAGAAUAACUGAGCUUUAGUUAAUAGUAUGUAUAGGAUAGCAUAAAAUUGGAGAGACUUGAGAGUUGAAAAUAGCCUUACUAGUUUGUAGAUCUAUGGAGCUGUGUGGACAAAGGUGUAGAUGACGCAAUGAUACAGAAAGCCAUGCAUCAAAAAUCAAGCAGAAAUGGUAAAUAUUUCUAAAAUGUGUAUAAAUAUUACUUUUUAAAAUAUUAAAUCAUGCAUAUCCUAAAUUCCCAGCAAUACACAAGACAAGAAAUAAAUUAAACAAAGUAUAAUUAGUGCAUCUUGAUGUUUUAUUUAUUUAAAUGAAUUGUCUCAUUGACCUUAAAACUGAUACCUUUCUCCUGUAGUCUUAUCACAUGGUCAUCUAGCUGCUCUUGUUCCCCAAACCCAGUAUACAGGUGUUUCCCAAACUGAGCUUCAUGGAACCCUGAUGCCUAUAUAGAAUGCUUUUAGGUUUUAAAUAAUAAUUACCCUAGAGGUUUGUAUAAACAAAUAUGCAAGAAGAAAAAAAAGAUAGCAGAUGUGGCUGUACAGUCUUGGGUAGUAGUAUUAGUAGUAGUUUUAGCGAUGGAGAAAAGCUAUACAUUCAUUUUUUACUGUAAUGGUCCUUAACAUAGGAGCUUAGCUUUCUGAUGUUGUUUUACAUUUUUAAAUGAAUUAAAGGGACAUAAUACUCAUAUGCUAAAUCACUUGAAACUGAUGCAGUAUAACUGUAACAAGCUGACAGGAAAAUAUCACCAGAGCAUCUCUUUGUAAAAAGGAAGAUAUUUUACCUCACAUUCUCCUCAGCUCAGCAGAGUAAGUUCUGUGUAAAAAGUUAUACACAGCUGCUACCCAGCUGCUGGUGAAAAAAAAAGAAGAAAUGAACAGCAGCCAAUCAGCAUCAACAGUGCUGAGGUCAUGAACUCUUUUACUGUGAUCUCAUGAGAUUUCACUUGACUCUCAUGAGAUUUCAUUGUAAACUUCCUUUACCUGAUUGGUGAAAUAAGAUAAGUGUGCACGAAAGCUCGUUCCUUUGGCUGUCCCGGGACAGACAUACUGAUUUGCUGCUUAGAAGUUCUUUACAAUCGGAUGUGGCUACUGAGAAACAUUUGAGGUAAAAUAUCUUUCUUUUUUACAUAGAGAUGUUCAGGUGAUAUUUUCUAGUCAGCUUUUUACAACUAUACUGCAUCAGUUUCAAGUGUUUAAACAUUUGGGUAUUAUGGCCCUUUAAUGGAACCACACAAUGUUAAACAGUUUGGGAAACAUUGCUGUAUACCCUUCCUUAUUAAAAAAAAUGCAUACCGUCAGUCCACAACAAGAAAACCUGAGGUUCCCUCCUUGGAGCAGUGCCAGAGCAGUAUGAUAACAAGAAUAAAGCUGCCUACUUGGCUUCUGCUUGGAAGAUACAGCUAAAGACUACAGAUAAUAUGCAUCUGAACAGGCUAAAGACCACAUAUAUUGUGUAGCUACAGACUUAAAAUAUUUUUCAUAUUUAAAUAUAGCAACAAUAUAAAAAUACUAAUUUAAUUUCAUUAUAAUUGUAAGCUGAUAUAAAUUCAUGAUUCUUAAAGUAUGGUAUUGGUGUUUCUUUUAUGUUUUGCUGUUCUCACCUCAGAGACAGUGACAUCUGCAUAACUAACUAGUUUCCUGAAAUUAGUACCAGGUCUUACAAAGGUGCAAAGUAAGCAGUCAACCAUUUUUGUUUAAAAAUCUGUUGAAGGGGAAAAAAAGAAGAGAGAGAGAACAAAUAUAUAUUGUUUUCUACUCAGGAGUCGAAUUAUUUUUUAAGCUAAACCGAACAAUCCAUCUAUAUUCACAAUAUUUUUCUUAAUUACUUCUGUAGAAUUGCACAGGAACAUUACAUAAUUCAUUAUGACAAACUGAUUUCUGUACUGCGGUAUUUAUUAUUGGUCAAUUCAUUUUGUUCAUGUAUUUGUAACUGACUCUAGUGUGUAUUGGUGAUUUUCUGUAUCUGUAUAGCAUGAGCAUUCAGGUUGUUUUUCCAACAUAGAAACAAAAAAGGGAAAUGUUAAAAUCUUGGAUUGGUUUCAAGUUAGCUAUAACAUACUAAUUUAUUUCUUAUUAACUACAAAUUAUAUUUGAAAUAUAUGUAUGCCAAUAUUUCUCUUGAGAUUGUUUUGUUUAAUUAAAGAAAAUAAAAAUUCACAUAACUGCCUCUUUACAUACCAUUAAUUCAUUUUAUGACAUCUAUUGUUUCAUUUUAUGUGCUGUCUGUAAUAUUAAGACUACUUUUGUGAAUCAUCCUUUCAGAUUGCUGCCAAAAUCAAUAAAGCAUCAGUCUACAAUAUACUUUAAAAUCCA